UCCAAACGACACAUCAUAACUUAUAACAUUUCUCUCUCUCUCUCUUAAACCUUCUUACCCAACAGAAAAAAAUGCCUGCCGACGGGAAACUUGUUUGCGUCACUGGAGCCGGUGGCUACAUUGCUUCUUGGAUCGUUAAGUUACUCUUGGAGAGAGGCUACACCGUUAGAGGAACCGUGCGGAACCCAGCUGAUCCCAAGAACAACCACCUCAGAGAGCUCGAUGGAGCCAAAGAAAGACUCACUCUUCACAGUGCUGAUCUUCUCGACUACGAAGCUCUUUGUGCCGCAAUAGAUGGCUGCGAUGGCGUUUUCCACACCGCUUCUCCGAUGACCGAUGACCCCGAGACAAUGUUGGAACCGGCGGUGAACGGAGCCAAGUUCGUGAUCGACGCGGCGGCUAAAGCCAAGGUGAAGCGUGUGGUGUUCACGUCAUCUAUCGGUGCUGUUUACAUGAACCCUAACCGUGACCCUCAAACCAUAGUCAACGAAGAUUGUUGGAGUGAUCUUGAUUUCUGCAAAAACACAAAGAAUUGGUAUUGCUAUGGGAAGAUGGUGGCGGAACAAUCAGCAUGGGAGACGGCGAAGGCUAAAGGUGUGGACUUGGUGGUGCUAAACCCGGUUCUAGUUCUUGGACCACCGCUCCAGUCAGCGGUCAACGCUAGCCUAGUCCAUAUUCUCAAGUAUCUCACCGGCUCAGCCAAGACCUAUGCUAACCUUACUCAGGUCUACGUGGACGUCCGUGAUGUGGCACUAGGCCAUGUUAUGGUCUACGAAUCAUCCUCUGCCUCAGGCCGUUACAUCCUCGCCGAGACCGCGCUUCACCGCGGCGAGGUUGUCGAGAUUCUUGCUAAAUUCUUCCCGGAGUAUCCACUUCCCACCAAGUGUUCGGACGAUAAGAAUCCAAGGGCAAAGCCAUACAAGUUCACUACUCAGAAGAUAAAAGACUUAGGGUUGGAGUUUACACCCAUCAAGCAAUCUCUCUACGAUUCUGUCAAGAGCUUGCAAGAGAAAGGUCAUCUUCCUCUUCCUCAAUAUUCCAACCAAGACAACGUCACAAUCGAAUCCUAGAACACGAUACGACCAUCAUCUCUGAUCAUACCCACAUAAAAUACGUUUGAUUUUACUAAGUUAUAUUUGUUUAAUCUUGAAGCAUAUAUACAAUUAUAUAUAGCUGAAUGCCCUCUUCUUUUCGUAAUUUAGAAUGUCACUCGUAUGUAUAAUGUAUGAUAUGAUAGUGGAAACAAUGAUUUUAUUAUCCGAUGUC